UUAUUGGAACCGUUGACGCAAGCUCAUACGUGGGAGCUUGUGCGCUUGUGCGGGGCGGCUGGUGGCAGCAUCAGCGGCACAUUCAAAGGGACGACCGUUGCAGCGUGAAAGCGAAGUCUCGAGGAAACGCCAGUGUUCUUGUGGACAUGGCCACCUUUGGACGCUCUUCAAGAUGGGCUGGGCUGGAGAACUUGGCAGUCGGAAAGAAGCCACUCCAAGCGAGCCAAAAGCCAGCCGCUGUUGGUCAGAAGCCCGGCAUUGUGGCGCAAAAGCCGACAAGCCAGAUAACCCAGAGGCCACCACUGCGGCAGCCAAACAGGAUUGCUGCACCAAAGACUGUGGCCAGCAAGGAGAUUGCUUCACUGUCCCAGAGCCUGAAGAAGGCUGCCAUCAGUGCAGAGCAGCCUGUUGAACACGCGGAUGCAUUCUCUGCCUCCCUCCUGCCACCCGGUGUCCCCGACAUCGACGCAGGCGACCUCGAUGAGCCGCAGAUGUGUGCCCAGUAUGCACAAGAGAUUUUCGACUACAUGGCAUCCCUAGAGACAAAGUGGCCCAUGACGCCAAAGUUCCUGCGCUUGCAGUCUUCGGUGACACCAGAGAUGAGGGCCAUCCUCGUCAACUGGAUGAUGAUGGUACACCAGCGGUUCCAACUGCUCCAGGAGACACUGUUCCUGGCAGUCUCUCUUACGGACAGAUUCCUGCAGGUGCAAAACGUGAGCCGAUCCAAACUUCAACUGCUGGGUGUGUCGGCCAUCUUUGUGGCCAGCAAGUUUGAAGAGAUGAUGCCACCCACGCUCGGCGACAUGGUGUACGUCACAGACGGUGCCUACCAGGGCAAGGAAGUGCUUCGAAUGGAGCAGCAGAUCCUGCGCUCGCUCGACUGGUCCCUGGGGCGCCCCCUGCCCCUGCACUUCCUGCGGCGAAACUCCAAGGCGGCACAGGCAGACGUCGUAGAGCACAAUUUGGCGAAGUUGGUGCUGGAGCUGUGCCUCCUCGACUACCCCAUGUCCUGGAUGCGGCCCUCUGAGCUGGCCGCUGCUGCCCUCUACCUCUCCCUCCACCUGUUUAGCAAGGAGGGCCAGCAGAGGUGGGGUGCCAUGAUGGCACACUAUGGCCGCUACACGGAAGAGGCCCUGCAGCCCACGGUCAAGCGCAUGGCUGGACUUCUCCUUGAUGCACCAAAAAAGCGCCCACAAGGCACCGUAUGACAAGUACAAGCAAAGCCGGUUGGAACGUGUCAGCACAGUGAUCGUGUCCCACGCAGCCAAGCUCCGCGAGAUGGCAGACCGGCCCUGAAGAAAUGAAUGGACAAUUUUAUGGAUGACAAAGCUGUUAAGACUUUUUUUUUUCUUUCAGUGCAGCUGCACAAAUGGUCGCUUCCACCAUGUCAAAACCAGCUUGUGCCGGAGCAGCUUUUUUUUUUUUAUGCUGGUGGGACAGAAAUUGGGGCACUGCAGUGUGCCAUUUUACCAACUAACGAUCCUGUGCUCUUCCAGUUGCCAGUACCACGGAAUGGUAUUGCCUGCUAUUGAAUGUGUGCCCAUUGUGAAGGACUUUAGUCAUUAUCUAAACCGUGAAUGUUUCUGUAGGUUCCAAGCAAGAAAUGUUGCUUCUGUGCUUUUCAGGCUAAUGUUGGUGCUCACUUGACCAUGUUUUUAGUCCUCUGGAGCCAUUCUGCAUUGAAAGUUUAACCACUGACAUUGCCAAUAAAACUGUACAAUGGA